UGUUUGCAUUUUUAUUACACUGAGGGAAUUCAAAAAAUGCUGUUGCUUUAUCUAAUUUCACUCAUCAGGGACAGUCUUGAAGCAAAGGGUCCGUUCCAUUCCAACUUCGUUUGGUUCUUUGAUGAUAUUCUGUGAAAUCCAAGCAUUUGUUUCGCUUUUCUUAGUUUCUAGAUGACGUAAAACGAAAGAAUGUACGUUAAUAGAUUGUAUGAAGAAUUUUCAUUUUCGUAACCGGCAAACCCUCAAUCGAGUUUCUUCCCGACUCGUGCAUUAACCGAACUGGGUAUCUUCAUACGCAGACGCAGACCGAAAGCAUCUGUCUAGGCAGGUCUCGGCGCAAAGUGUGUAGCGAAGUGGGAGGCCGAGAUUCAGGCAGACAGACGCACAGAGAGUUUGUGCGAACAUCAACGAUAACAAAACACCUCAACGCCUUUAUGCAAUUUAUUGAACAAGCCAUUAAGAUAUGCCACGGAUUAUAACUUCACAAGUGGAUUCAUUCUUGUUCGGCGCAGUGGACCGACGCGGACAAAAUGACCGUUUUUGAAGUAAACAGGAGAAAGUCUCCUUCUUGAUUUGAAUGAGGGUGCCACAACAUUACCAAGAGUGCUCCAAGGCCAUGAUAGAAGGAGCCUGCUGUGCAUACAGAUGUGCCCUUGCUACGAUAUAUCAACUUGGUAGUAGCUAUCCAGAUAGCUAACAUCAUUUGAAAGCUAUUUAAAAAGUAAAUUUUUUGCUUCGUUCAAGAAACUUAAUUUUGACAGUUUGCGGCUUUACAGUAGCUGACAGCUUCAGUCUACUAGCUAGUUAGCUAACAGCUAGCUAUUAGCUUCGCUAGCUGCACAGCAACUUGUUUAUUAGCUAGCUUAGUGGUAGUUGGCUAGCUACCCUAGCUAGCUGGUUGGCUAGCUGGAUAGCUAACGUUAACUAGCCAUAUAGCAGACACUUGACUGUUUCCUAAUCUGCUAAUCAAAAUUGUAACUUUUGUAUGAACGGCGAUAUGCUACGUGAAUUUUCAAUGUCGCGAGCUAGUUGGCUAGUCAAUGCCAAUUAAGUUAGUUACCUACUAACGUUAGAGAUCUUAAUUUGCUGGUCUCACUAGCCAGCGUUCACACCCGGACUUCGUGGUGUGUGGUUUGCUUUCACUGUUUGUUUAGUAUUUUAAGCUACAUUUUCACCGUGCUUGGACUGACCCACCCACAAGGACUAUCUUGGGCCGAUGCUGACAAUCCAGUCCGGAUCACGGCAACGUAGGACGCCGCCGCAGCCAUGCAGCCGCAGCAAAUAUACGACUUUUCAAGUGACGAAAACAGUCACAAAUGGCGAGGCCUCUUCGUGCAAGCGUUGCGAAAGGUGCAGGUGCAGGUGCAUCCCAACCUCACGGCCACAGAAGACGCCCUGCAGCACAUCGAAGAGCUUAUCCUGCAGCUGCUCAACAUGCUGUGUGUGGCCCAGCCACGCACCGUACACGACGUGGAGGAACGAGUACAGAAGACCUUUCCCCACCCCAUCGAUAAGUGGGCUAUAGGUGACGCCCAAUCAGCUAUCGAGAAGCGCAAGAGGAGGAACCCUCUCCUGCUGCCAGUGGACAAGAUCCACCCCAUGCUGAAGGAGGUCCUGGGCUAUAAGAUCGACUACCACGUGUCCCUGUACAUCGUGGCCGUGCUGGAAUACAUAUCCGCAGACAUCCUCAAACUGGCCGGGAACUACGUGGGGAACAUCCGCCACUUUGAGAUCCACCAGCAGGAUAUCAAAGUGUCCAUGUGUGCAGACAAGGUGCUGAUGGACAUGUUUGACCAGGACGAGGACAUGGGCCUGGUGUCUCAGUGCGUGGAGGAGCCCUCGUCCUCGGGGGAGCUGACCUACGACGACCUGGUCCGCCUGGAGAUCGCCGAGGAGCGCCAGUACCUGCGCGAGCUCGACCUCAUCAUCAAAGUGUUCCGACAUCACUUCCUGUCCAACACCAAGAUCUUCAUGCCUCAGGAUGUGGAGGUGCUCUUCAGUAACAUCCUGGACAUCCACGAGCUGACGGUCAAACUGCUGGGGCUGAUUGAGGACGCCGUGGAGAUGACCGCCGACGGCAGCCCCCAUCCCCUGGUGGGCAGCUGCUUCGAAGACCUGGCCGAGGAGCAGGCGUUCGACCCCUAUGAGACCCUGUCCCAGGAGAUCCUCUCCAGGGGCUUCCACGAGCACUUCAGCAGCCUGAUGGCCAGACCCUCAGUGGGGCUUUACUUCCAGUCGAUAGCCGAGGGCUUCAAAGAGGCUGUCCAGUAUGUCCUUCCUCAGCUGAUGAUGGUCCCAGUCUACCACUGCCUGCACUACUUUGAGCUACUACAGCAGCUGCAGGAGCGCAGCCAGGACCAGGACGACCGCGAGGGCCUGAAGCAGGCCAUCACCGCGCUGCUCAACCUGCAGUGCAGCGUGGAGCGCAUCUACACCAAGCACCUGCCCCGGCGCAAGCCUGGGGAGCCCAUGUAUCGUCUGUACAGCAGGCAGGUGCGCAGCAAGCAGCUGGCCAUCAAACGCAUGAACGAGAUCCAGAAGAGUAUCGACGGCUGGGAGGGCAAGGACAUCGGCCAGUGCUGCAGCGAGUUCAUCCUGGAGGGGGCGCUGCUGCGCGCCGGCGCCAAGCACGAGCGCCACAACUUCCUGUUCGACGGCCUGAUGAUCAGCUGCAAGGCCAAUCAGAGCUCGCGCCUCCCCGGCUCGGGUAGCGGCGCCGAGUUCCGCCUGAAGGAGAAGUUUGUGCUGCGCAAGGUCCGCAUCGUGGACCGCGAGGACUCGCCCGAGCUGCGGCACGCCUUUGAGCUGCUGGGCCGCGACGACAACUGCGUGGUGUUCUGCGCGCGCUCGGCGGAGGAGAAGGCGUCGUGGAUGGCGGCGCUGGUGACGCUGCAGUACCGCUCCACGCUGGACCGCAUGCUGGACACGGUGCUGCACCGCGAGGAGCAGGACCAGCCUUUGCGCCUGCCCUUGCCCGACGUGUACCGCUUCGCCGUGAGGGACUCCGAGGAGAACAUCGUGUUCGAGGACCGGGUGCAGAGCAAGACGGGCAUCCCCAUCAUCAAGGCCGGCACUGUGGUCAAGCUCAUUGAGAGGCUCACCUACCACAUGUACGCUGAUCCCAACUUUGUGCGCACUUUUCUGACCACGUACCGCUCCUUCUGCAAACCCCAGGACCUUCUCAACCUGCUGAUUGACAGAAUCGACAUCCCAGAGCCAGAACCCACCGAGGCAGACCGCCAAGCACUCUGGAACGGUGAUCAGCCAAUGGCAGCAGAGCUUCAGAGAUUCCGUCGGGAAUACGUGCAGCCGGUCCAGCUCAGGGUUCUCAAUGUAUUCCGUCAGUGGGUUGAACACCACUUCUACGACUUCGACAACGACCCGGAACUCAGGUGUAGACUAGAGGAAUACAUCACCAGCAAAAUUCAACUGAGAGGGAAAUCCAUGAGGAAGUGGGUGGAGUCCAUCAACAAGAUCAUCAGGAGGAAGAUGCAGACCCAGUCCAACGGCGUCAGCCACAACAUCACCUUUGAGAGCCCGCCCCCCCCCAUUGAGUGGCACAUCAGCAGGGUGGGCCAGGUGGACACCUUUGACCUCAUGACCCUUCACCCCAUAGAGAUCGCCCGGCAGCUGACCCUGCUGGAGUCGGAACUGUACAGGGCUGUGAGGCCGUCAGAGCUGGUGGGCAGCGUCUGGACCAAAGAGGACAAGGAAAAGAACUCACCCAACCUGCUCCGCAUGAUCCGACACACCACUAACCUCACACUGUGGUUUGAGAAGUGCAUUGUGGAGGCAGAGAACCUGGACGAGCGCAUAGCCGUGUUCUCGCGGGUCAUCGAGAUCCUGCAGGUGUUCCAGGAGCUCAACAACUUCAACGGCGUUCUGGAGGUGGUGAGCGCCAUCAACUCUGUACCCGUCUACCGGCUCGACCACACCUUCGAGGCGGUCCCAGAGAGGAAGAAGAAGAUUCUAGAAGAAGCAGUGGAACUCAGCCAGGACCAUUUUAAGAAGUACCUGGCCAAGCUCAAGUCAAUCAACCCACCCUGUGUGCCUUUCUUUGGGAUAUACCUAACCAACAUCCUGAAGACGGAAGAGGGGAACCCGGAUUUCCUCAAACGCGACAGCAAGGAGCCACUCAUCAACUUCAGCAAGCGCCGGAAAGUAGCGGAGAUCACCGGAGAGAUCGAACAGUACCAGAACCAGCCCUACUGUCUGAAGGUGGAGCACGACAUCAAGCGGUUCUUUGAGAACCUGAACCCCAUGGGCAGCAUGAGUGAGAAGGAGUUCUCCGACUACCUGUUCAACAAAUCUCAAGAAAUCGAGCCUCGCAACUGCAAACAGCCCCCCAGAUUUCCCAGGAAGACCCUGUACAACCUGAAGUCUCCAGGGAUCCGGCCGGUGCGCACCUCCACGUCGGGCACCCUGAAGGGCCACCCCGUUGCCCUGGAGAGGGAGCCCCCCCACAAGAUCACGUUCCGCAGCAUCGCGGAGACGGAGCCGGAGACCUCGGCCUCGGUGCCCACCUCGCCCAACACGCCCACCCCGCCGCAGUCGGCCUCCUCCGACCUCAGCUCUGUCUUCAUAGACCACGACCUCUACGGCUCCUCUGGUAACUCCAUCUUUGCCCCCGUUCUCCUGCCUUCAAAGCUGUACUCCGUGUCCUGCGGCAGUCUGCACCACCUGGGGGAGGAGCUUCUCAAGCCGCCUCCCCUGCCGCCCCGCAGGAAGGACGCCUUCUCCGAGGCCAGGCUGAGCUGCAGGUCCGACAGCCCUCCGGCCAUCCCCCCCCGGCUGCCCCCUCCCCUCCCCAGGAUCCAGCCCAGGGUGCCGGUCUACAACGGCCCCAUCGACGGCCCCCUGCCCAGCCCGCCGCCCCCGCCUCCCCGGGACCCCCUGCCGGAGACCCCUCCCCCGGUCCCCCAGCGCCCCCCGGAGAUCUUCAUCAACUACCCACUGAGCCUGCAGCCGUCGCCCGUGGGCCGCUUCCAGUGGGACUUCUCCAGCUCGCCCAGCUCCCCCAGCACGCCCCCCGGCACGCCCUCGCCUCGCGUCCCCCGGCGCGGCUGCCCCCUCAGCGCCAGCCAGAACAGCCUGUGCCCGCAGGCCAUGCCCGCCACGGCGCCCCCUGUGCCCCCACGCCACAACGCCAGCCCUCAGCUCCCCAAACUACCACCAAAGACUUACAAAAGGGAGCUCCUGCCGCCGCCCUUACAGAGCCUCUCAUUGGUGGAGAACACAGACGGUAGCCAAUAAGUCACUGCCUCCCUUUUUUUCCAGCACUGGGCGUGCUCCUCAGAUGAACCGUUAACCCCGCCCCCUGCGAAGGGCACGCUGACGGAGCGGACAAAACAAACGCAUCGCGAUGAAAGCUACUGAUCUGGAAGAACGACCGACUUCUUCCCCCCCCCCCCCCCCCCCCCCCCCCUCCGUCUCACACACACACACACACUCCAACCCCUCCCACUCACCUUCAUCGACCAAUCACGCCACGCCUCUCAGGGGAUCAGUAGCUCCGCCUUCAUUUCAGCCCCUCUGUGCCAAUGAGAAACCCACACUGGAGUGCCAGCUCCAAACCAGGACCGCCGAGACACUGUGUCUGCCUGUCUGCCAGAGUGUGAGUCCGAGACUGUGUGUGUGUGUGUACUGUACAUCAAAAUAAUGUGAGGCACUGUGUUACUUUUCUCUUGUAGAGAGGACAUACUGUACUAGCUCUAGUGAACAAGACAGCAGUGGCUGUCUCUCCCACGCCCCUCCCCAACUUUAGACACUGUGCCCCUCCCCCCCUCACCCACCCCCCAGCCAAGGAGGAGGGGGCUGGUCUCUCCAGGCUAGCCUGCAGCCCUCCACCCAGGCCUGGCCAGUCUCUCUCGCCCCCUCUCUCUUUCCUGCUGUGAUUCUAUGGGCAUUGACACACUGUAGUGCUUCACUCAACUCUGGAGUCCUGGAGUCUGUCAGGGCUCCCCCAGGACCCUAACCCUAACCCCCCAGGACCCUAACCCUAACCCCCAGGACCCUAACCCUAACCCCAGGACCUGUGGCCACGCCGGAGCUCUUCUGUGGAAGAGGCUCGUCCAGAGUUGGCAUUUGGCAACGCUCGCCGCGUCUUUCAGCCCAACUGUAAACGAGAGACCAAAGUCUUAGUCAAGUUUAUGCAGCCGGGGGGACAUAAGGGAUCUGUUUCUAGGACACACAACGGCAUGGGGGGGAAAAGGCCAACAGGAAUUUCGCUGGCCCGCGAACCCUGGGUUACGUCCCGCUCCUCUUCGUCUACUUGUUUCUCCACUGUGCACUGUGACUGCAGGGAGGCGACUCCACAGAGCCCGGGCUGAGGACCGCCUGGCCAUGGCCGCACGCUCCACUUCAGACGGUGCCUUCGAACCCACAGCAGUGACCUCUCACCUGAAGGAGCACUGGGUUUACCAGACAGCCUGGCCGAGGGACUGGAUGACUGACUGACCGGCUAACUGGGGUUGGUUGGCUGACAGGCUAACUGGGGUUGGCUGACUGACUGGCUAACUGUGGUUGGCUGACUGACUGGCUAACUGUGGUUGGCUGACUGAUUGGCUAACUGUGGUUGGCUGACUGACUGGCUAACUGUGGUUGGCUGACUGACUGGCUAACUGGUUGGCUGACUGAUUGGCUAA